AUGAAUGAAAAAGACACAAAUAACAAUAAUAAUGUGGAUGAUUUGGUGCUUCUGUACAAUAUAACGUACGAUGAUAUCGUCAAUACUUUAGGAAAUAGAUUUAAUGCUGGGAAAAUUUAUACUUAUAUUGGUGAAGUGUUAGUAGCAGUGAAUCCAUAUCGAAAACUUCCAAUUUAUGGACCUGAAAUGAUACGUGAAUAUAAAGGUCGUGAAAUUUACGAGCGAUUACCACACAUUUACGCAAUUGCCGAUGUGGCGCAUCGUUCGAUGAAGUGGCAUGAACAUGACGUCUGUAUUGUUAUUUCUGGUGAGUCAGGUGCAGGUAAGACCGAAACAAGCAAGAUUAUUAUGCGCUAUUUGGCUGCCAUCACUAAUAUCGAGAAGCAGCAUGAAAUUGAAAGGGUCAAAAAUAUUUUACUUGGAUCAACCGCUCUGCUAGAAUCUUUUGGCUGUGCUAUGACCAAUCGCAACGAUAAUUCCAGCCGAUUCGGUAAAUAUAUGCAUAUUAAUUUCAAUUUUCGCGGUGACCCAAUCGGUGGUCAUAUUAGCAGUUAUCUCCUUGAAAAGGCAUUUUGA